AUGAAUGCUACAUUGCUAAAACCACCAUCAGACAUGGAAAUCAAGGAAGCUGUUGAUAACAUUAACCCAGAUAAAGCUCCGGGACCAGACGGUAUGACGAGUCUCUUCUACCAACAAUUCUGGGAAGUCACGGCCCGAGAUAUAAUCUCGAUGGUAAAGAGUUUCUUUCAGACGGACUCUUUUGAUGCGAGGUUAAAUGAAACAAACAUCUGCCUUAUCCCGAAGACCGAGCGACCUAUGGAGAUGACAGAGUUUAGACCGAUCAGCCUUUGUAAUGUUAGUUACAAAAUCAUCUCCAAGAUCAUUUGUUCUCGACUUAAAAAAUUUCUGCCUAAACUGGUAUCGGAGACCCAAUCCGCCUUUGUGGCGAGACGUCUUAUAUCGGACAAUAUACUCCUAGCACAAGAGGCUUUCCAUGCACUCCGGACGAAUCCUAUGUGUAAAGCAAAGUUCGUAGCAGUUAAGACCGACAUGAGCAAGGCAUACGACCGGGUUGAAUGGAAAUUGCUAGAAGCUCUGCUUCUCAAAAUGGGCUUUGCGGAAAAAUGGGUCUCCUGGAUCCACUGGUGCGUAUCGUCAGUCUCGUAUCAAAUUCUCAUAAACGGAGAACCAAAGGGAAAUGUACAACCAGCUAGAGGACUGAGGCAAGGCGAUCCUCUAUCUCCGUUCUUGUUCAUCCUUAUGACUGAGGCACUUAUCUCGCAACUUCGAGCAGCAGAAGACGAGGGCAGACUUACUGGCUUAAAGAUCGCGAGGGCAAGCCCGGCCUUCUCACAUCUCCUAUUUGCUGAUGACAGUUUAUUUUUCUGUCGAGCGGACGUCCAGCAGUGUGCUGAGUUGAAACGAAUUAUCAACCUAUAUGGCAGUGCCUCGGGUCAACAAUUGAACCCAGCGAAAUCAUCCAUCCUUUUUGGUACGAAGGUAAGCCAAGAAAUUAAAGCCGCCACUAAACAAGCACUUGGAAUAGCCAAAGAAGGUGGGAUGGGGAUGUACCUUGGUCUACCAGAAAAGAUUUGUGGAUCGAAAAGACAGGUCUUUGAUUUUAUCAGAGAUCGACUAAAUGACCGUAUAAAUUCUUGGUCGGCAAAGCUACUUUCCAAAGGAGGUAAAGAAGUUUUACUGAAAUCGGUGGCACAAGCUCUGCCUACUUAUGUGAUGUCGUGCUUCUUAUUGCCAAAGGAUAUAAUUAAUAAACUUCAAGCGGCAAUAGCCAAAUUCUGGUGGAGUACAAAGGCGAAUAACCGAGGUCUUCAUUGGAUAGCUUGGGAGAAAAUCUGUGUUUCUUUUGAAAAAGGAGGACUGGGAUUUAGAGACCUAUAUAAUUUUAAUCUGGCACUUUUAGCUAAACAGCUAUGGAGGCUGCUUCACCAUCCUACUUCACUACUUGCCCGAGUUCUUAAAGGCAGAUACUUCCGUCACAUGAGCCCUAUGGACGUGAAAACAUCUAACUCCCCGUCUUACGGGUGGAGAAGUAUAUUGGCGGCACAAGAUCUCCUCCGAGAAGGGUUGAGGAAAAUGAUCGGUUCAGGGUACAAUACCCGUGUUUGGCUGGAUCCUUGGAUGUCGACCACCCCGCCGCGACUGGCUCUAGACAAUGGGAUUUACCGCGAUCCAAACCUCUUCGUGAACCAGCUUAUAGAUCAAUCCUCCAAGCAAUGGAGAGUAGAAAUUCUGGAAGCCUUAUUAGAUCCGGGAGAUAUUCCACUAAUACAGAGCAUACGUCCCAGCCAUAAUUUCAGAGACGACGGGUACUGUUGGAUCCAUACGAAGUCGGGCUUAUACACAGUCAAGUCCGGGUAUAAGCUGGCUAUUCAGUUAAAAGAAGAGAAAGGCGGGACUACAGUCACAGAGCCGAGUAUUAAACCCCUACUAGCGAUGAUAUGGAAACUAAAGGCUCCUCGGAAGAUGAAGCACUUCCUUUGGCAAGCUUUAACGGGUUGUUUGGCAAGUUGUAGUAGGCUGGCUGAUAGGCACUGCGGAACCGAUAGAGCCUGCCCUAGGUGUGGAAACGAAGAGGAAACAAUAAACCAUCUCAUAUUUACUUGCCCUCCGGCACUCCAGACCUGGGCUCUAUCCGAUAUCCCAACAUGUCCGGGGCUGUUCCCGUGUGAUUCCCUUUUUGCGAACUUUGAUUACCUACUGCUAUGUGCAAAGCAAAAUGGAACCCCAGAGAAUGUCAUAGCUCGAUUUCCAUGGAUCGCAUGGUUCAUAUGGAAAGCUAGAAACGAUAAAACUUUCAAUGGCAAUGACAUUCUCCCACCAGAUACGGUCGCACACGCUACCCGAGAGGAGGAAAACUGGAGAGUAGCACAAGUGCUGCCGGGAGCGGAAGUGGCUGGAAGAACUUUAGACACAAUCACUGAUAAUCUGGCGAACGAGUCACCACUACCAAGAUGCCAAGUGGAUGCAUCUUGGGUGACAAACUCGACAGUUUCGGGAGGUGGUUUCGUCUUCGACUUGGAUAAUGGAAUGCACUCGUAUGGGUCCAUCGGCAUGAACCAAGUCCUCUCUCCUUUGCACGCGGAGUUCAAUAUCUUGCUUUCUGCAAUGAGAAGUUCCCUGCAACUAGGAUUGACAUCAAUGUCUUUUCAAUCGGACUGUCUUCAGCUUGUCAAGCUGAUUAAUGAUGAAGAAGAUUGGCUAGCAAUGGCUUUAGAAUGGAAUGAAUUUAUUCAUAUCCAAGCAUCUUUUACUAGUUUUUCAAUUUCUUUUAUCGCUAGAGAGCGCAAUGUAAGAGUAGACCUUCUUGCAAAGGCAGCUCGGUUACAAAAUUCUAUCUUUUUCCAUGUUAACUCAGACAUUCCAGGAUGGUUAGCUCACAAAGCAAACCUCUUCCUACUGAAUUAA